GAAAGAUUCAACGCCACUCUACAGAAGAUCCUGGCCACUACAGCUGAGCGCUGUCACUGGGACUGGGACGUGAUGAUCCCCUUUGCUGUCAUGGCCUACCGAGCAACCAAGCACAGUGCAACUGGUUUAACUCCAAACAUGAUGAUGUUCGGCAGGGAAUUGACUGAACCAGUUGAUCUGGUUGCUGGAUUACCCCCAGACACUGACGCCACACCUUCACCCCCUGAGUACGUCCAGAGUCUCCGAGAACGGUUGGAGCUGGCACACCAGAUCGUCAGAGUCGCCCUGGGUGAAGCAGUGCAACGAGCAAAAAGACAAUAUGACAAGUCUUGCUGUCGGACCCACUAUCAGAUUGGUGAUGCUGUUUGGUAUCUCAUCAAAGGCACCCGAAAUGUCAAGAACAGAGUUCGGAAGUUCCUGCCGUCGUAUGAAGGGCCAUAUUUCAUCCUGGGACAGCUGGACGACCUGGUGUACAGGAUCCAGAAGAACCCCAGGACCAAAGUCAAGGUGGUCCAUCAUGAUCAGCUGAAGCCGUACCGUUGCCGGGACGCUCUGGACAACACCUGGGCCCUGGAGCUAGCGUCUUCAUGGACACCGAUGGAGGUGUCGCCACCACCUGUGCAGAGUGAUCAAGCGGACCUGGACCUGGGCUUGUCUCAGCUGUUUUCCAACAGUCCAGCUGGGACAGCUUUCAGUUCCACUUCCUCAGAUCCUGACAUUGAUACUGCUGUGUUUGACUCUCCUCAGUCCGGUCUUCCAGACAGCAGUGGUGCUGCAGUUCAACAUCAUCCGGACCCGAGCGCUGAAAGACCUCGUCGCCAGCGACGACCACCAAUCAUGUAUGGGGAAUGGGUCCAUUAAGCGAGGUUAACUGUUUGAGAUGAAUAGUUAAGUUUAGAAUUUAUAAUGUUCUCAUGUUCAAAUAUGUUCUGGAAAAAAAAAAAAAAAGAGUAUUGGUCUAGUCUGCAUGUUGAGGGCUCGUACAUAUGUCUAGUGACAAUAGUGAAAGUGUGUAAAGCGGUUGGCCUGGUAUUCACGCACAAUUGAGUUAAAAGUCACCUGCUGACUGUUAUGGACAGGAUGGUGCCAUUCUAUUUUUUAUACACUAUUUCUCCACAGGUGCUAAUUUUAAAGGUGAGGCUAAAAUACUUUAUUUUUGUAUAUUGCAAGUAAUAAGGGUUGCCCACCUGUUUUAUUUUGUAUGGAGUUGCUGGAGUGCAUUGUUUAGAAUGCUAUCCAGAGUGGGGGUAGUGUUGUAGGAGUGAGUGUGGAGUGUCUGCCGCUGUUCGUGUAUGUGUGGUGUGGCCGCUGCGUGUGGGAGGGGCUGCCGGGAGAUUGACGUCUCUCUGGGGAAGAAAACGUGUAGAAGUGCCCGGUACGUGUGAAGUUCGAACUGCGACGAAAUAAACCAUAAGAACGCUCUACCAAAGACUCGACUCAUCCAUGUCCCAGCUCCAGCCGACGAAAAGGACAUUAAACCCUGGAGUGCGCGCUCCAGCCUUGGAGGUGACGGAACACCUCCCCUGUGACGCCCGACCACGGUCCGGUGAGGA